AUGGACUCCCCAACCGGCAACCAAGUGAAAAUCAGGGCAUCUAGCGACCCUUACUACGAUCUAGGAAGCUUUACUUUGCAGGUUUCAACACAGUCUGCAGAGGCUCAAACGUGGUUCAACCGGGCCUUGCUCUGGACCUAUUGUUUCAAUCAUGACGAAGCCAUCGCUUGCUACAAGCAGGCACUUGGCCAUGAUGAAAACCUGGCCAUUGCGUAUUGGGGUGUUUCUUUUUGCUCUGGGCCAAAUUACAACAAGACUUGGCGUCUGUUCGAUGAGAGAGACAAGCUUGACGCAAUUGCGGCCACCUAUAAAUACUCGCAGAUGGCUCAACGCAGGAUCAAGCACGCGACGGAUUGGGAGGCAGCCCUCAUACGGGCGCUUGAUAAGCGAUAUCCAUCCGAUGAUCCGACGAGAGACUUUAGUGUCUGUGAUGAAGCAUACGCCGAUGCCAUGCGUGAGAUGCAUCGGCGCUUUGGCGAUGGUGAUUUUGAUACAGUCACCUUGUUCGCCGAUGCACUGAUGAACUGCGCCCCGCGAAGACUGUUCGACUCUACCACUGGCCUUCCGAUAUCGAGCUCCCCAGUCUUUGAGGUCAAGGAAUUACUAGAGAGAAACUUGGCGCUGCCGGGCGUGGAAAAGCACCCUGGUGUUGCGCACAUGUACAUUCAUCUCAUGGAAAUGUCUGCCACGCCCGAGGCCGCGCUGAGAGCAGCUGACAUGAUACGCGACCAAGUGCCGGAUACCGGCCAUACCUAUCAUAUGCCUGCUCAUAUUGAUGUUCUCAUUGGCGAUUACCGACGAGCGGUAGAAUACAAUCUCAAGGCAACCACUGCAGACGACAAGUUCUUUCGAAAUAACGGUGGCUUGACGUUUUACAGCUAUUACCGGAUGCACGAUUAUCAUUCUCUCAUUUACGCGGCCAUGCUGGCUGGCAAAUCGCAAAUAGCGCUGUCGGCGACCACGCGAAUGGAAGCAGCCAUCACGGAAGACGUGCUCCGGGUUGAGACGCCUGCGCUGGCCGACUGGAUGGAGUUCUUCUUGGCGGUGCGGGUUCAUGUGUACAUUCGCUUUGGGAUGUGGGACGAGCUGUUGGCGCUCGGCCCAUUCGAGGACAAGCACCUGUACUGCGUCACCAACGUCAUGAGGCAUUACGGGAGAGCUAUAGCCUUUGCUGCGACGCGGCAGGUGGCCAAGGCAGACGAGGAGAGGGAGCGCUUCAAGGCGGCUUCCUCUCUCGUUCCCCCGACACGCCUGGAUUUUCCUAAUAAAAUCACUGACAUUCUCCACGUUGCGUCGGCCAUGCUGGACGGAGAGAUUGAGUAUAGAAGGCGUAAUUUUGACGUUGCCUUCCAAAGGCUUCGCGAUGCCAUUGCGCUCGAGGACAAGCUGCCGUUUGCGGAGCCGUGGGGUUGGAUGCUCCCGGCACGGCAUGCGUACGCAGCACUGUCCCUGGAGCAAGGCCACGUCGACCAGGCUCUGGAAGCCUAUGCCGAGGACUUGGGAUACGUGCCAACACCGGGACGCGCCCACCAGCACCCGAAUAACAUUUGGGCGUUGCAUGGGUACCACGAGUGCCUUGCGCGUGUCGGUCGCGACGCGGAAGCUGGGAUUAUCAAACGACUAUUGCUCAUUGCUGCGGCAGAGGCUGAUGUUGAGAUUACAUCGUCGUGCUUUUGCAGACUAGACUCGUCGUUUGGAUGUCAAGGCAAGAGUAAGAGCAACGGCUGCCACGUCACCGAGUGA